CCGUCGAUUAACUAUGUAUUUUAAUCUCAGUCUUGCUCCACGAUGCAUGUGUUUAAUUCCGCUGCAUUGGCAAUCAUUCUAGUUUUAUGUGGAUCUGACGCAUCGACGAAAAAUCAAGGAUUGAAAUGCGGAGCAAACAGAAUGGAACGCACCCAAGACGAUAUUUUCAAUAUUUGGCCAUGGCAUGUGGCUUUGUACAAUAAAACCUUGGAUUACAUUGCCGGUGGUUCGAUCAUCAAUGUGCGGUUUGUAUUGACGGCAGCUCAUGCAACAUUCCGCGAUGGAAGAACUCCAAUGCAGCCCAGUGAACUAACGGUUCUGGCUGGCUUCGUAGAUUUGCGAGAUUUCUCCGAUGAUUCUCAGGAGUACAAAGUGAUGGAAAUCAUUCGUUAUCCGCUCUAUAACCUUCGCACACGGAUGAAUGAUGUUGCUUUAUUAAAAGUAAGGAGGAAGAUUAUGUUGAAUUUUCACGUGGCCCCAAUUUGUCUAUGGCCCGAAGGAGGACCCACUUUGGAAACACUCGCCCAACAACAAGAGCGUGGAACGGUGGUUGGAUGGGGUCUAUCGGUGAAUGGAUCGUUUUCUAAUAUUUUGAGGGAAACAAGUCUAUCCUUGAUAGGCUUUGAAAGUUGUGCCGAGCAUACCAAGUCAUUUCAACCUCUAUUGGCAAAAGGUAAGAACUAUUGCGCUGGAAAUCGGGGUGGAGCAAGUGUUUGCAAAGGCGACAGUGGUGGUGGAAUGUUUUUCCUUAUUGAUGGAGUUUGGUACAUAAGAGGCAUUGUCAACCAGGGAACUCCUACGCAGGACACUCGGUAUCUAUGUGAUCCCAGAAAAGAUGUACUAUUCAUGGAUGUCACUUAUUACCGAAAGUGGAUCGAAAGGCAUGCAAUGCCACAAAGACAUAACCUUUUGGCUUUAAAAGAAUGCGGCUUAGGGCACUACGAUGAAACAAAUGUAAGGCACAAAAAAUUUGUUCAUUCCGAACGGCAUCCAUGGGUUGCCCAUUUGUACUACUCGUAUCAAAAUCGGAUCAACGUUAGUGAUUGCCACGGGGUGUUGAUCCACCCAGAGUUUGUACUUGCUCCUGCUAGGUGUGUCUACAACAAACCUGAUCGGAAACUCUUACAUGUUAUUCUUGGCGAAGAGCUGAUAGGUCCAGAUCCAUUGAGUUUGGAUUACAACUUUCAAGCAAUCAAAGUUUCCGAAGUGUUCAUGGAUGGACGAUUUGAUAUUGAAAAAUAUGGCCACGACGUCAGUGUGCUGCAUUUAUCCCGAUCAGUAGAGUUAGCAAAUAACACCCGUCCAGUUUGUCUACCGUCCUUGUAUGAACAAUCGCCUUAUUUCAACCUGGCCGCUUGGUAUCGUCGUGAUAGCCACCCCAAAGAGCUGCAAUCCACUCUCAUGAGACCGAUUCGGUUCAACUUUUGCAGUGCCCAGUACAAAACGUACCAAAUCAAUAUCACCGAUCAGGAUCGUCUCAAUUGUUUCCAACAUUGCGAAAUGUCCGAUAUAGUGCAAUCAGAUGGAACACACAGUUGUGAUUACAGUAGGAAUAAUACAUCAUGCAAAACACCCAUUUCUGGAGCACCACUAUUUUAUACGAAACAUGAUGGUAUAAACACAUACACUUACCUUUUCGGGAUGCGAUCGUUUGGAUUUGCUGACUGUGUGGACAAAAUGAGUGAAGUCUUCAGUGAUAUCGUGGGUAUGGGGCCUUGGAUUAAGCAUAUGGUGGAGAAACAUUCUAAAUCUGACAAGAAGGAUUCGAGUUUCGAUGUACCCUAUCAUCGUGGUUAAUAAUAAAAAAUCAGGUAUCUCAAGUUAUUUACUCGCCUGGGAAACCAGCGACUAGUAACAAUGAA